AUGAGCAACCUUAGCGUUGUUGGCAGUGAGCCUAGCGACGUCACACAGCUAGCCCCUGCCACACAGCUAGCCACAGCCACACAGCUAGCCACAGCCACACAGCUAGCCACAGCCACACAGCUAGCCACAGCCACACAGCUAGCCACACAGCUAGCCACACAGCCAGUGAACCAGCCGCCUAGACUGGCAGGGCUAGUGCUAGACGAGGCGAUGUACACCUAUGGCUUGACCAACUCCCUCACCUGUGUCUUGGUUCUCACCUUCGGGCUCUGCUCAAACUCCGUCAACAUUCUCGUUUUCAGAACAAUGAAGGUCAGGGACGCUAUGACCUUUUCCUUCCUCGCCCUGUCUGUCUCUGACUUGAGCUUCGCCUCCAUCUCCGUCAUCUGCCGGCUGUGUUCCGUCAACGUCAUCCUCAGAACGUCCGGCUGGCUGAUCCGGCCGGCCGACGUCCAAGACUUCCUGUACUGGUACUCCCUGAUAUUCUACGACCACUCCAUGCUGCUCACGGUCUAUCUGGCCGUCAUGCGCUGCUGCUGUGUCGUCUUCCCCAUCCACUUCCGGUCCAUGUUCUCCCUGACCAGGACCUACGUCAUCGUGCUGGCCACGCUCCUGCUAGCCGUGGGUCUGCGGACCCCGACCCUCACGGCCCAGACGUUGCUGCAGAGGUUCGACCCCUCGACCAACACGUCAUCCUGGGCACGCCUGGUCAGCAGCGACUGGCCGACCAUCCGGGUCGUCAACGACAUCCUAAACCGUAACGUCGUUUUCAUCACGUGUUUCAUCGUCGUUCUCAUCUGUCUGACCGUGCUGGCAUUAAAGCUGCAGGCAGCCCUUAGGUUCCGACACAGCACGUCAGCCAAGCACGCCAGUCCGGCACGUCAGUCCGGCACAACAGCCCAGCACGCCAGUCCGGCACGUCAGUCCGGCACGUCAGCCCAGCAUGCCAGUCCGGCAAGGCAGUCCGGCAAAACAGCCCAGCAUGCCAGUCCGGCAAGGCAGUCCGGCACAACAGCCCAGCAUGCCAGUCCGGCAAGGCAGUCCGGCACGACAGCCCAGCAUGCCAGUCCGGCAAGGCAGUCCGGCAAAACAGCCCAGCAUGCCAGUCCGGCAAGGCAGUCCGGCACGACAGCCCAGCACGCCAGUAUGAGCUCGCUGACGGGGAAAGAGCUACGCGUGGUGCAGACAGUGGCGCUCGUCUCUCUCAUGUUUGUCCUCCUCAACCUCCCCUUCGUGCUGUACUCUCUGGUCAGGACCGUCCUGCCCUCCACCUACGACACCAACAACCUCCCCUUCGUGCUGUACUCUCUGGUCAGGACCGUCCUGCCGUCCACCUACGACACCAACUACCUCCUCGGUGCUGUGGUCGAGUUCAGUCAGCUGUGUGGCUACACAAACGCCAGCCUCAGCAUCUUCAUCUACUACCGCUACAACUUCAACUUUAGGAAGAGACUCAACUUUAUUUUAAGAGGCAGUUUGCCUGCAGAAACAGAAACUAAAUCCUAA